UCCGCUCCUCUUGCAAACAACCACCCAUUUACCCGGCCAAAACAUAUACACGCAGAUAUAGAUAGCUGUGUGUGUAUAUAACAUGGCCUGAUUGACCAUGGAUAUCACCGGAGAUGCCGGAGGUGGUCGUCGGCCCAACUUCCCCCUGCAGCUCCUAGAGAAGAAGGAGGAGCAGCCUUGCUCCAGCUCGGCGGCUGGCGGCGCCUCGGCAGGCGGCGGGAAUGGAGCGGCGGCUGGCGGCAGCGCCGGAGGGGAGAUGCAGGUGCGGAAGGCGGUGCCGAAGCGGACGUCGACCAAGGACCGGCACACCAAGGUGGAGGGGCGGGGGAGGCGUAUCCGGAUGCCGGCGCUGUGCGCGGCGAGGGUUUUCCAGCUGACGCGGGAGCUGGGGCACAAGACGGACGGCGAGACCAUCGAGUGGCUGCUGCAGCAGGCGGAGCCGGCGGUGAUCGCGGCCACCGGCACAGGCACCAUCCCGGCCAACUUCACCUCCCUCAACAUCUCCCUCCGCUCCUCCGGCUCCUCGCUCUCCAUCCCGGCACACCUCCGCGGGGCCUUGCCUAGCCCCGGCGUGCGGUUCGGCUCCCGUGCGGACGCGUGGGACCGGGUGGUCGGCCUCGGUUUCCCACCCGAGGGCCCCGCCUCGUCAUCGUCAACGCCGUCGCCGCUCUUGCUCAACUUCCACUCGGGCAGUGUCGGCCUCGACGUGCAGCCCUCGCCGUCCGCAGCAGCCGCUGCCGCCGACCUUUCCCGAAAGCGGCGGUGGGAGCAAGAAAUGCAGCAGCAGCAACACCAACAGCAGCAGCAGCAACAGUACCAGCAGCAGAUGGCCGGGUACACACAAAGCCAAAUGCCAGGCACCGUCUGGAUGGUGCCAAGCAACAGCACGCCGGGCGGAGGGGCGCCUUCCGGCGGUGGCAACGGAGGAGGAGGCAGUGGCGAGUCGAUAUGGACUUUCCCACAGAUGGGCAGCGCCGGCGCCGCGGCUGCCGUCUACCGUGGCAGCGUGCCGAGCGGGCUACAUUUCAUGAACUUCCCAACACCGAUGGCUCUUCUACCUGGGCAGCAGCUGGGGCUCGGCCCUGUAGGAGGCAGCGGUGGCGGCGGCGGAGGUGGAGGCGAGGGGCACAUGGGGAUCCUCGCCGCGCUCAACGCGUACCGGACACAGGCGGCGGAUGCCGCAGCAGGCCAGGGCGGAGGUGGACCGUCUAGCCAGCAGCAACAGGGAGGUGGCGGCGGCGGCGAGCGUCAUGAGAGCAUGAGCACGAGCGAGUCGUAG